AUGUCACAAAAACAGAGGAAAGUGUUUAGUAUUGACGAAAAGUCACACGUUAUAUGGAGGUUGCAAAAUGGCGAGUCAAAUAAUGAAAUUGCAAAAGAAUGUGGAGUCUCACAGUCUACAAUAUCAACGAUUAGGAAGAAUAGAGAUAAAAUAAAAGCUCUUUUCGAGGAAAAUUCUUUGAAAAUUAAACGAUCGAGGACAUCUGAACAUAAAGUUAUGGAAGAGGCUUUAUUAACAUGGUUUAAACAUCAGUGGGCAAAUAACGUCCCAAUAAGUGGUCCGAUCCUGUAA